AUGGGGGAUUUAAUCCCAACAUUAAUUGCCAUUGUGGUGGACCUAAAUGCGAAGGUGGAGGAUGAAAUCACUUUGAAUAUUUAUGUUUUCUCCAAUCUUCGUGUUAUUGGCCGAUUUAGGGGCCUUUGGCCAAGCCUUCUAGAGUUGCACUCUUGGAUUUCUGCCCAUUGGGAACCUAUUCUUAUAGGUCGUGUUCAAAUUUAUCCUCCAACAAAAGGGUUUUUAAUAAUUAUUUUCAAGAACAGUCUGAACAUAAAUAAGGUGUUAUGUGAACAUUUCUGGUGUUGGGAGGACAAGUUCUCUCUGAUGCUGAAGCCUUGGCAUCCUGACUUUAAUCCAUCUACAAAAGCUUUUGAGAAAAUGCCUCUAUGGGUAAGGCUCCCUAAUCUUCCUCUCCAUUUGUGGUUUGAUUCUCUUUUGGAAGCAAUUGGAAAUGCGCUUGGGGACUUCUUGAUGGUAGAUAUUGAUUCGUCAAGUCUUCUACAUUCCACCUAUGCUUGUUUGUUAGUUGAAAUGGAUAUUUCUAAAGGGUUGCCUGUUGAAAUCUUGAUUAAAACAUCAAAGGGAUCCUGGGUUCAAUCUCUGAACUACGAAAGGACCCCCUUUAGGUGCAGAAGAAGUUUUCAAACAGGACAUGUGGUUGCACAAUGUGACAGAGAUAGAAUGCCUAGGGAAGCAUCUUGGUGGAAAGAUGCUAUUGUACAACACUACACGGUUGAGAAGAAGGCUGAGAAACAGAGGAAUUUUUCCCAAGUACCUGGUAGAGGAGGCAAAGCAUAG